AUGGAUGCAGAGAUGGCUUCCUGGAAAUCCACAGGCACCUACGUUGACACUGUCCCCCCUCCUGGGGCGAACAUCGUCAGUGGCAUGUGGAUUUUCAGGGUGAAGCGGCCGCCGGGUUCUCCGUCUGUCUUCAAGGCGCGUUACGUGGCUCGUGGCUUCAGUCAGCGGCAGGGAGUUGACUACUUUCAGACCUUCUCCCCCACCCCGAAGAUGACCACUCUUCGGGUACCGCUGCACAUUGCUGCUCACCGUGACUACGAGCUCCACUCUCUCGACUUCAGCACAGCUUUCUUGCAGGGCAGCCUGCACGAGGAGAUAUGGCUGCGCCGCCCACCUGGCUUCACUGGGUCUUUCCCUCCUGGUACCCAGUGGAGUCUCCGGCGUCCAGUCUACGGUCUCCGCCAGGCGCCACGUGAGUGGCACGACACACUGAGGACUACACUUGCGGCUCUUGGGUUUGCUCCUUCUACUGCCGACCCGUCGCUGUUUCUGCGCACCGACACCUCUCUGCCACCGUUCCACAUCCUUGUGUACGUCGACGACUUGGUCUUUGCCACAGCUGACACUGCUGGACUCGCCUACGUGAAGUCCGAGCUGCAGAAGCGACACACGUGCACAGACCUGGGUGAACUGCGCAGCUACCUUGGCUUGCAGAUCACCCAGGACAGAGCACGCCACACCAUUACCCUGACUCAGUCACACAUGGUGCAGCAGGUCCUUCAGCGCUUCGGCUUCACGUACUCCUCGCCUCAGGCCACUCCUCUGCCUACUCGCCACUCACUCUCAGCUCUGCCUUCAGAUGAGUCCGUAGAGUCGAAGCACAUGGCUGCAGCGAAGAGGGUGUUGCGCUACUUGUGCAGUACGUCGGGCAUGGGGCUAGUGCUUGGAGGGCGGAGUCCAGUGGUCCUCACUGGGCACGCGGACGCUUCUUGGGCUGACGACCAGGCUACGCAGCGGUCGUCACAGGGUUACACCUUCAGUCUUGGUUCCGGCUCUGUUUCGUGGCAGGCUACCCGCUCGUCUUUUGUUCUCGGCUCCAGUUGUGAGGCUGAGAUCUACGCCGGGGCUAUGGCUGCCCAGGAGCUUCGCUGGCUCACCUACCUGCUGACCGACCUUGGAGAGCCGCCUUGUUCUCCUCCAGUCCUGUACGUAGACAACAAGGCCAUGCUGGCCUUGUGUCGAGAGCAGCGACUGGAGCACAGGACAAAGCACAUUGCUCUCCGUUACUUUCUUGCUCGUGAGCUACAGCAGCGUGGACAGUUGCGGCUUGCGUACGUGGCCUCUGAGGCCAACACUGCUGAUGUUUUCACCAAGGCACUUGCGCCUUGUGAUCAUCAGCGCUUCUGCACUCAGCUGGGUCUUGUGCCUGUCUUGCCUCACUUGCUCACUUCUUGA